GGCAAAAUCAAAUCUCAAACUGCACCGUCGCAGAAUUAUCAUUUUCUCUCUAGUUUCGUAGAACCGCUCUGACUCUGUCAAAGACCUCUUUUGCUGAGUCGUAGUAGUCGUAGUCGCGGAAAUCUGCAGAGGAACCUCCAUAGGAGUAGAGGUAACAUAACUUAGAACACUCCCGGUUUGGUUUCUCGUUUCUCGUUGAACACCCUCGUUCGAACGUAGUUUGGAGAGGUGGUGGACUGAGUAACGGUUGUUCUGGUUAGAAGUCAAAGGUGUAUCGAUCAAAUCAACAUCGCCGACGCCGACGGUGGAUAUUUGACGGUCGUCUUGGUUUCUGUUUAAUCGAUUAAAUCAACGCCGCCGACAUUCGGCGGUGGAUAUUUGAUGAUUGUGUUGACUUUGUGUUUUGUGUUUACUUGAAAAAAGUGCGCAUUGAACACGCGAGUUUCGCCAACGAAAUAGCUGGUAAGCUAUCGUCAGAGUGAUCAACCUACAUCGAUUGCUCUCAUACUAUAAGAAAAACUUAGAUAUGGUUGGAAAAGAGAAAUCCCUUAAAAGAUGUGGUUUCUCGCUCGAACCAAAUGUAUGUUCUAUUCAGAUUCAGUUGUCGUUUUAUGAUAUAAUUUCUUCUCUAUUUCGACCGGACCGAACCGAACGAAGGGUCACCCUACCAACACCUACACUGGCCACAUCAAUAAUUCAUUUUCUCAGUUUGACUAUUCAGACGGAGCCUAUACUAAUCAAGUCCAGCCACGUUGCACCACCAGUUCCAGCAGGUCUCCUCCACUACAGUACAGAGUACACCACCGCUCAAUGAUCAAUCCCAAUCCAAGCAUUAGAAAACGAGGAUUGCAUUUCUUUGGGGGAAAAAACAAGGAAAUUUGGCGGAAGAAGCUUAAUACGUAAGUCAGAAACGGGAAUGGAAUUGCUGUGGGUUGGUUUCACGGGAAAAGGAGAAAGUGGGAUUGGCAAACGGUUUGUCCUACUCAUUUCCCUUCCCUUUAUCAAAACGCAAAGAAUUAUUGAUUUCCUCCUUUUGUAAAUUGGGAUAGAUCAUAGAUGUUUUGUGUUUGUACGGCAAAGAAGUUUGUGGAUUCCAGAAAGCACGAAGGAGUGGAGGAGUGCAGACAAACACUAGACUAGGCCACAGGAAGAAGACUUCCUCCGUUCCUCGCCCCCCUUGCUUUUUGUACUGUGUCUUGUCGGUCUUUAGCUACCUGCGUUUGCUGGGUCGUCUCCUCUUUCGCCAUUUGAGGUCCAAAGGACGAGCUUGGCUCUCUCCUACUUUCUUCCUUUUCUCCUUCAAGAAGGGUUUUGCUUUCUCACUGAAUUCCGCGGUAAAGUUGAAUCAUUUUUUAGGGAGCUUCAUGGGUUUCCUUUUUUAAGCUCUCUCUUGAUUGUGUAGUUGAAUUCUGGUUUCUGAUAGGAGGUUUCUUCAGCGUUUUUGUCGUUUAUGUAGGAAGGAGAAAGGGAAAUCUUGCUCUUCUGAUUCAGGAGUUGAAUUACUGCCUGUGAAUUUAGUAUAGGAAACAUAAACAAGUUGAAUUGUGAUCGAGGGUUUAGGAUUUAAGCUCUUCCUGUUGCAUAUUUCCGAGUACCCGAUCAUUGUUUGUUGUUAUCAGUUGUUCGUAUCAUUGAUCUGAUGACUGUUGAGAUCGAACUUAUAGUAUGAUAUUUGGAUGAGUGGUUCCUGGAAGCAGCAUCCAACAUGUGGGUUUCCUCCCAGUGAUUCUUUGGCCAAACUGGGAUCUUGCUCUAGUUUAUAUUCUUUACACAGAUGGGACAUUUUUGCUUCUCAGGUUAGGUUUUUUGAUUAUAACGUGUUGAUGCCAAAUGGAACUUUGUUGUUUGUAGGCUGAGGUGCUAGACCUACCAUCGGCAAGAAAAUUGGUAACUGUGCUCUUCUUGCCCACGAAGAGAUGGGAUCCGAAGGACCAAAGGCUGUAGUGAUUCAUGUAACUGGAUUUAAGAAAUUUCAAGGGGUUGCCCUGAAUCCCACGGAGACUAUAGUGAAUAAGCUCAAGGAUUAUGUGGCAAAGCGAGGGUUGCCCGCUGGCGUUACCCUAGGGAGCUGCACCGUUCUUGAAACUGCUGGAGAUGGAGCUCGUGACAUGCUCUACCAGACCCUAGAAUCGAGCACUGCAACUAAUACUAUGAAUGCUGAAAAGAAUGAGCCAGUUGUUGUUUGGCUUCACUUGGGAGUGAACAGUGGUGCAAUGAAAUUCGCCAUUGAGCGACAGGCAGUGAACGAAGCCACAUUUCGAUGUCCAGAUGAGAUGGGAUGGCAACCUCAGAACUGCCCCAUCAUCCUGGAAGAUGGAGGAACUACCUCUGCAAGAGAGACUUGUUGCUCCAUUGAUGAAAUCCUGAAGUUGUUGAAGAAGAAGGGCUUCGACGUGACGAUAUCGGACGAUGCUGGCCGAUUUGUGUGCAACUACGUGUACUACCACUCCCUGCGGUAUGCCCAGCAGAAGGGCCACAGAUCCCUUUUUGUUCAUGUCCCACUUUUCUCGAGAAUUGAUGAGGAAACCCAGAUGCAAUUCGUGGCCUCUGUUGUCGAGGCUAUUGGAUCAACAUGUUAAUAAUAUGCCUAUCCCAUUGGAAAAGCUAACUCUAAUCGUUUCCCGAAGCUUGUAUGGGUUGUUGUUGUACUAUGUCAUAUUGAGGUGCCAAGCAAAAUCGGUUUUGUUGCCUCACCAUCGUAAUAAUAAAAAGCAAAAGAUAGCUGGUUUCCAUUGUUAAAGCUCCCCUCUUUCUUGUGAUUUCUCGUCUGAAUCCAGAACCACUCUCUCUCUCUGUGUAUAACAAGAAAGCUGAUAGCUUGAU